ACAGAUAGGCGUCUUCUGGUUCCUCCCCCACUCCUUUACUUUUUCCGGAUACCCAUGAGUCAGUUGGAGGAGGGUGUCUUUCACCCUGGCGGAUAGUUCUGUGACCUGGGUCUACCUACUGAAGGAAUUCUGCUGGAAAAUGGAACACUGUAGGUUUCUGGCUGGCCUGAUACUGGCUGUCCUUCUCUCCCAAGGGAGCCCCUCCAAGAUAACCGUGGAAGAACUUGAGGACAUGGUGUUCCUGACUUGUAACACCAGCAUCAGGCGGUUGGAGGGAACAUCACCAUUAAAACAUGGUAAAAUGUGGAACUUGGGAAAACGCAACCUGGACCCACGAGGAAUGUAUGUGUGCAAUGGGACAGAUGAACAAGACCACAAAACACCUUUUAUGCAAGUAUAUUUUCGAAUGUGUCAGAACUGUGUGGAGCUGGACUCAGCCACCCUGGCUGGCAUUGUCGUCACUGACCUAAUCGCCACUCUGUUCCUUGCUUUGGGAGUCUAUUGCUUUUCUGGACAUGAGACUGGAAGGUUCUCUAAGGCUGCUGACACUCAAGUUCUGUUGGAAAAUGACCAGCUCUAUCAGCCCCUUCGGGAUCGGAAUGAUGCUCAGUAUAGUCAUCUUGGUGAAAACUGGCCUCGGAAGAAGUGAACCUGACACCAGUGGCUUAUGGGAGUAUCGACUGUACCUUCUUCCCUUACUCAGCCAAUAAAGAUGUCUUCUCUCACUCAGCAGGUGCCUGGACUUUUCGAGGCUCUUGGACAAGGCAUGGGAGUUGUCUUGCCUUGGCUGGACCCUUGCCCUCCCUGUCCACCUGUGUCCUUCCUUCGUUGCUUCCAUUCCUCUGCCCCAGAUGGACAGUGUGAUGGGCUGUCUCCCACCCCAUUCUGGCCCACUGGUGUUUCUGGCCUGUUGGGCUUCCUGGGGGCGGGGUCGGUUCUACCACACUCUCUCAGCUACUUGUAGCUUGCAGCCCCUAUUACAACCCCUGAAAGGCUUUGGUUUCCUCACCACAGUUGAAGGCGAUGUUUACAGACCCAGCCGCACUAAAGUUUCCAUGACUUCAUGAGCAGAGGAGGUGGAAACAUCAAGGGCCAAGAGAUCACUUUUUAUCAAGACUUGGAGAGCAUGUGUGACCAAGUCCCACUUCCACUAAGGGGCUGGCCUUGGCUUUAUGACCCCUGUGGAUCGGUAACCCUAGCUGUGAGGAGGUUGCCCCAUAAGCCCAUUAGGGACCCUUUCCUCCUCUAUAGAAGGUACCACUCACCUUCCUCUCCUCAGAAUCUGUCCCUGUUCCUCCCCUGCCUUCUGCAUGAUAAACUAAUAUCAGAAACUCUUCAUUACCCCUCUUCACCCACUUGGAAAGCUGGAAUUGGAGAGUGGACAGGAGCUUGGGAUAUUUUCAGUGGAUGUCGUGUUCACUAGUGGGUUGGUGGUGGUUCUGAAACUUUGGGAGCCUGAAGGAUUUAUUAAAAACAUAGACACUUGGGCCCCACUCUAGGCACCUAGCCCUCAGCUGCUUCUGAAGCUUCCCCCAUUCAGAGUCUCCAGUUUUGAGGAAGAGCUGAGGCCACGGAUGCUUUUAUGUCCUUUACGCUGUUCCUGUCUACCACAGGGGCAACCCCUCCUUUUGUUCUAUGAGCUACAGUAACUGAAAGAUCUUCGGGACAGUUUCAUAAGAGUGGGACUUUCCAAGACCAGGGUUCAGAAAGAGGGAAAGAACGAACAACCACACAGCCAGAGAUCUGGAUGAUUCUGCCCACCAUCUUUGUGAGCUAUACACAGAUGCUGAUUUUGUUAGAGACUAUGAACUUCCAAGGUACACAUGCUUCAUUCAUGGUCAUGGCUUCUUUCUACCCUUUACAUCCCUAGGACUGUAGUCCUCUGCAGCCUGCCUCCAGCUUUCCACAUAGGAUCCCUCCACCUCGGGCAACUUUCCGGUGACAUCUACCCACCCAGUACUUAUCUCCUUCCCACACCCUGCACACUUCCCUUCACCUUGUAGUCCUCGUAGGCUCUUAGAUUCCCCCAUACCUCUCACCAGUUCUCACCAUUGCAUGCACCUGGGAAUCUCCAGAGCUCCUGAUUAUCUUGGAUGAAGGCAUUAGGACUUUCAAAGUGGCUUAAGGUGAUUUCAUCAUGAAGCCAUGAUUGAGAAAGCUGCCCUAGCCCUUCUGGAAACUUGUGUCCCUUUGG